AUGGAGUCUUGUGAGUGCAAGUAUCCUAAGAUCACCAAAGUCAGAUUCCGGAACGAGACCAUCUAUCAAAUCACAAAACUGUUUGAUGGGAAUAUGAAAUCUGUCACCUGGGACAAGAAAAAGCUGGACCAUUUCCUCAACAUUCUCGAACGCCAAUUUGAGAACCUUAAUUCCUGUGUAUCACCUGCCAAGAUACCUGAGAGGAGACUGAAACGUUACUUCAAGAAUUUGAAUAGGAUGGUACUGAGAAAAAUGAACUACAGUGCACUGGCAUGGGAGCUCAUCAGGAAAGAGACGAAACAUCAUCUGGAAAGAUUGGAUAUUUUUCAGGCAAAGAUUCACUGA